CAGUGAGGUUGGCGCGUAUAAAAGCGCGGGAGUGGGCGGGCUGAAUGACAGAGUGUUUGUGAGAAACAAGUUAAAGAUGGUGCAACUUUCUAAAACUGGAGCGAGAGACACGCUCAAAGCUGGUCAUCCGCCCGCAGUGAAAGCUGGAGGGAAGAGAGUGGUGAAGAAGAGUGCUGAUGAUAACGCCAAUGUGGAGAAGGAGACCAAGAAGGUGGAUAAAGCCAGGUCCCUGCCGACUCCUUCCAGAAUGCAGCACCUGAGUCUGCUGCUGGCUGGUCCGCUUGAGAAGCUGAGUCAUGAUUUCCCAGAGACUCCAGUUUCUGUGCGCCACAGCAGAGUCCGACCGAGCGUGGAGAAACCUCACGUCCCGCGCCUCUCCAUCUGCAUUCAACAGCCACGCAAAUUUUGAGCCAAAAUAGCUUUCACUGCUGAGCUUCUGACAACAUGACAUGUGAAAGACAACCGGGAUGUUUUUGUAGGUGAAUCAUGUAUGUAUCAAAGUUACUGUAAUGUGACCUGAUCAUCUUGUUUGUAUCUUUAGAGCUUCAAAAGUUUUUCUUCAUGACUAGUUGUGGAAGAUUCAUUUAACCCAGUGUGAAUUAAAGCUGUGCUGUUGGAAAAGUUCAGACUGCCUCCUGACUGACCUGAACAAAUGUUGAUAUCCUAGGCACUUAAUUGUAGCAUAAAUAUGCAUGGGGUUUCUGAACUUCGUUUUUGACAAUCAAUGAAACAAACUGUUGUUUCUUCUCACAAAAGGCUUUCAUACCAGUAAAAUUCACUUUUCCUGCAAAUGA